UUUUGAGAUGUUCUUUAGCUCACAUGAGAGUGAUAGAGUGUCUAUGUUAUGCUACAACACUACCUAAACAUGACAAGUUUGCUCCCAGAGCCAUCAAGUGUGCAUUGUUAGGAUAUGGUGUUCAUAAUAAAGGAUAUAAGUUGUACAACUUGGCUACUAAAUAUUGGUUUGUUAGUAGAGAUGUGGUGUUCUAUGAAGAUCAGUUUUUCCUCAAUUAUAAGUCUCCAGUUAUUGAUGAUCAUGCUAGAUUUGACACUUUCCCUUCUGGUCCUAUUAGUGCUUGUUCUUCUCCCCUUUAUCCUUUUGACAAUACACCUCAAGUUACUGAUUCAAUUACUCCAGCAUUUCCAGGUGUGGAUCAACAGGUAACACAUGAUGACAUUUUACCAGAUGCAGGACAACAGGAAGCAUCUGCUGAUGUACUUGGCUUAUUUCCUUCAGAUCAGCCUAUAGCUGACACUGGGACAUUAAUGGUUCAAGAUGAAGUUGGAACAACUAGUGGUGUGUCACGAUCACCACCUGCUCCAGCACCAAGCAAGUCCAACAGAACCACCAAACCUCUUAUCUGGCUAUAGGAUUAUGUCAGCACCAAACCACUAGGGGCACAUGCUUAGGUCUAUCCUUUAUCAGAUGUGUUAGGAUGCAACAAUUUGAGUCCUAAAUACCAAGCCUAUAUUGCACAAUUUUCCACUGAAUGUGAGCCUAAGACCUUCAAGGAAGCUAUUAAGGAUUCAAGGUGGAUAGAUGCUAUGCAAGCAGAAAUCAAGACAUUAGAAGACAACUCUACUUGGACUGUUGUUGAUCUUCCACCAGGGAAGAAAGCUAUUGGGUGUAAGUGAGUCUAGAAAAUCUAAUACAAAGCUACAGGAGAAGUGGAAAGAUUCAAGGCCAGACUAGUUGCCAAAGGGUAUAACAAGAAAGAGGGACUUGAUUAUCAAGAGACUUUCUCACCUGUAGUAAAAAUGGUGGGAAUAAGGACUGUUGUGUCCAUAGUAGCUAUGCAGAAAUGGGAUCCAUCAAAUGGAUGUAUACAAUCAUUCUUACAAGGAGAUUUACAUGAGGAAGUUUAAAUGGAUUUGCCACUUGGUAUGCAAGAGAUAAAAGACAUCAAGUGUGCAAAUUGUUAU